ACUUGAACCUCCCAGUCUCCCGCAUCAAACGAGGGCGAAAUGGAGCUCGCCGCGCUACAACUACACCACGUUCUUCUCCAGACGUACCACGAGUCUCAGGCCCCCGGUGCCGCCGAAGAUGGCGCCAGCGAUUCUUCAGGGGAGACAAUCACCAGCGACAGUGGGCGUGGCGGAAGUGACGAGGAUAUCAGCAACUCGAACAUGUUGUCCGGGAACUCCAUGGACGAUUCCAGAGCCGGCCAUAACGGAAGCUUCCAGUCCAACGUGAGCACCUUCUGCCAGAACGCCAACCUCAAGUCCAGUGUCAAAGACCCGGUCCGGUCGAGCGCCAGAAAACACGUGACUUUCAAGGACAUGGAGCGGUUCCGCAACAGCAUCCGGUCACAGAACGGGGGCGCCGCCCUCUCGAACAACGACCUGGCCGUGAGCACGGGGGCCCAGCCUGUGCAGAAGGGGUCUGUUCAAGGGGUCAACUCCGGCGCAAGGGGUCACCAGAACCCGUUGAGCGAGAUGAACAUCCCCGUUGCUAGGGACAACAGCAAUGUCCGUAUUGAUAACCAUAACUUGGGUGGUUAUCCCGGACACGCCGCGCUGAAACCUAGGGGCGUUGCCUCCCCGUCUUACUCUGACAACCAGGGGCGCGACUCCCCUAAACUGGUCACCUUUUCAACAUCCGCACCUUUACAGCCUUAUCAACACUUUUCUCACCCGCGCCUGCCUUCAUACAGCGGUGAAGACUCCAUCCCCAGCCCCAUGCCUAAAGAAUCCAACAUCGAAUGGAGGCAGCACCCGCAGCACGACCUCACCGGAAGUAAACUGAGCAUCAACUCCGCCCCUGCUCAGCCGUACCUACACACGACCUCCUCCAGAGACCGGCUGCCGGCGCCGCAUCACAACUUCCGGUCCCAGAGUCCCCAGGUGUUCCCGGCCCAGCCCUACAACGACACCAUCACCAGAAACACCGACCAAAAACAGAUUUUAUCGAAAUCAGCCUCCAAAGACAAUAACUGGGGAACCUUCCAGAAUUUGAAAAACCCUCACCGAGACGGUCUUCAGCUCCCCCAUAGCAACUCAUUCAACUCCAACAUCAACGGGAACCUACUCCCUCCCCGGCUCACAUCUCCACUUCCGGUUAUCCCACCCCGGGAAGCCGUCCAUCUGCCGGACAAAUACUCCUCCCAGCCGUCCCUUCACGGCUCCGACGUCAGCAAAUACCCCACUAACACCAGCAACAAAAUGGCGUUCUUGACGGAGCGUUUCGCCAUGCCGUCAAGAGACUGGACCAAUGAGAGCAUCGCCACGACGGAAGACGGCGACGACCAGCGAUCAACGACCACUUCCGGUAGUUACUCCAUAGACCACGAGGACGAGUACCUCGCCAUGGAAUUCAAACCUAAAGACAUCGUUGUGUAAAAACUACUCACACUUAAAACAUUCGUGUUCCAAUCUUAGAAGUAAUAAUAAUGGCAUAAAAACUUGCAACGAGAAUGAAAUAGCUACGUAUUCUUUAAAGGGACCAAAAGCACAAAUUCAUAUUAGUCUUGGAAGACAACUUAUAGCAGCAAGAUAUUAUAUUCAUGCACAAUUUUGGUAUCCAAGAAAGCCCUUUGAUUAUUGUAGCCCUUUUCUCGAAUUAAUUUUAUGUAAUCUCCUGCCAAAAUUGUACCAAAGCAACUAUGUGCACGCGGUAUACAUUAUUUAUAUAACAAAAUAAAAACGAGAAGUCAUUUUGUGAACUUUAUUAUAACACAUACUUACAUGACCAAUGUUAUGGGCUAAAAAUAUAAAGAUACUAGGAGCAUGACAAACGUGUUCUAUUAAUUAAUAUCCGAUAUUAAC